AGAAGAUAUCCCCAUCUCCCCGAUGCAGCUCCCAAACUUUGAGAAAAACAAGCAGAAGGCCCCAGUUGUGUCCCAGGAGCAGGACAUGGGCUCCCUUCAAACCACCAAAAAGCAACGACAGCUGCUGAAGACGAGUCCCGACGAAAGCAGGGAAAAGCUCCAGAGCAUCAUGGACGCUCGGAAGCAGCUGAUGAAAGAGAUGUGCGCCAAGUACAAAGGCAGCAUCUCAAAGACGAUCACACCGGAGCACAUCAAACACAUUUUUGUGGAGGACAAGAACAGGUUGUUGUACUGCUCCGUGCCCAAGUCGGGCUGCUCCAACUGGAAAAGGACCCUGAUGGUGUUGUCAGGCCAGGCGUCCAGUGUUGAGAACAUUCAGCAUGAAACGGUCCACUACGGUGGGCACAUCAAGAAGCUUAACACGUUCAACCAAAAGGAAAUAAUGCACCGUCUGGAAACCUACAAUAAAUUCUUGUUUGUCCGUGAGCCGCUUGAGAGAGUGGUGUCAGCGUACCGGGACAAGUUUGAGAAUCCCAACGACUACUACCACAACAUGUUCGGGAAGCCCAUCAUAUCAAAGUACAGGGUGACCCCAUCGGAAGAGGCCCUGAAAACAGGCAGCGGGGUCAUGUUCAAAGAAUUCAUCCGGUACCUGUUGGAUGUGCACCGGCCUGUGGGGAUGGAUAUUCACUGGGAGCAGGUGAACCAGCUCUGCCACCCUUGUGUCAUCCACUAUGACAUCAUCGGCAAGUUUGAAAACAUGGAGGAGGAAUCCAACUUUCUCCUGCGAAUGAUCGGGGCGCCACCCAGCCUCAUUCUGCCGAGUUUUAAAGACAGGAAUCCAGGCGAUGCACGGACCUCAAAGGAGAUCACUGAGAAAUACUUUUCACAGGUCACCAUGAUGGAGAGACAACGAGUAUAUGACUUCUACUACAUGGACUAUCUGAUGUUCAACUACUCUAAACCUUUCAGUGAUUUGUACUGAUGGACUCCUCAUGAUUCAGUCAUCACAUUUAACUUACUUCUACAUCUCCACCAUGAUAUUAAUCCUAACAUGAAGAAACACACUCACAUGCUCUUGAUUCUUUGAAUCUGAGCAGAAGGCCAGCGAGACCAAAUUUUUAACACAA